UGUACUGACACAGUAGCGAUACGGGCUGAGGAGACAUGGAGGCCCAAUUAACGAGAGAGGCCCGUGCUGACACAUCCCGGCCUAGCUAACGGCGUGUCGGACUGGGUUUAGGAGCAUCUCGGGAGAUAUUGCGGAUACCAGUUGCUGACUUAAAAGAUCAAAUAUGUGGCCACCACGUUGAUGCACACGAAGGGAGGACACAGAGCCAAAUAAUGUGAACGCCGUUUCUGGACAAUUACAGAGUUGAAGGAGAAAAGAGGGCUGGACUGCCAAGGAGGGAUAGAAGCCACCGCAAAACAAGGAGAGCUUCACCCUCACCGUUAUCCCCCUCCCCCUUUCCCCCUUAACCCCUCUCCCAUCCCCCAACAAACACUUUACCUGGUAUCCACCACAUCCCUUCCUUAGUAAACCUGCACUUCUCCAAAAGUUCUUAUGGAUCCGAAAAAUCAGGUGGGGACUGCAACUCCACCCCCUCCUCUCUCGGGUGUCCCCUCAGGGGAACAAGAGAAGGAGGUAGGGGGUGGAGAGAAAGAAGAACAGGAGGAGGAGGAGGAGAAGAAGAGAGACAGAGAGAAGGAAGGAGCUGUCGCUGCUGGUGCAGCAGCAAGUGGGCCAGGAGGUACCGGAGGUGACCAGUCCCAUUUCUCCAUCAAAGAGAGCAGCCUUUCCGAGGGCAAUGUCAAGCUUAAGAUUGGCCUUCAAGCAAAACGCAUGAAGAAGCCCCCUAAGAUCUUGGAGAGUUACGUGUGCCGACCGGCCUUCAGGGCCACCGUGAGGCACACGGGGCGUGGAGGAGGCGGUGCUCGUGGAAACCGUGCAGGGGCUACAGGUGAUGGGGCAGGUAUUCAGAGCCAGAGUCCACAUGGCAGGGAAAAAGAUAAGAAAGAGAAAUCCAGUGUCAACAGGCCGGCCUCGUCAUCUUCAUCAACACCCUCUGCUAAAGCUCCUACGCCUCCUCCCCCCGCUCCUCCUCUCACCAGCACUAACACCCUGUCACCCACCCAAGUGAAUGGGAGCACUCCGGCAAAAAGGGGUUCACCAAAGAUGGAUUGUAAGUCUGAUACAAAGCCAGACACAAAAGCAGCGGCCGCCACCACUUCUGAGAGAUCCCUUAACCUUCACCGCCCUCCACCAGACAGCAAAACGCAUCCAUCUGGGAAGAAAACACCAACUCUUCAACCCAACCCCCGGACAUCUUCACCUUCUCCACCACUACCUGCAAAGGAACCCAGCUUUGAAGCUCUUAAACCUCCUCAAUGCACCUACAGCACUGAAAAUCAGAGAGACAAGGACAAAAGUGUUCAAAAUUCGGUAGCACCCAAAAUCACUGAGAAAUUAGCUCAACUCAUAGCGACCUGCCCACCAUCAAAGACCCCCAAACCAGCCAAACAUACAAAGUUGGACCCCGCUCCCCCUCUCCCAAUUUCAGGCUUUAUGGCCCCCACAGCCAAGCAAAGAGACAGAGCUAUGGCCAAUAGGAACACAUAUUCAAGAGUGGUUCACCUUUCUCCACCACCUCCUGUGUCACGACCGCCUGGUCGGCCCUAUGGUUCGAGAAGCAAGGACAGUGUUAUGGAAAAUUCCCCUUCCCUGACACCGCUGAGGCAGGAGGACACGGAAUCGGAUGAGAAAGCUAGUAGCAGCAGCGAUAAAGUCAUCGGCAACAGCAAUGACUGCCUGUCAGCCAUGACAACGGACUGCACCAAUGACAACAGUAGCAUGUCUACGCCUCAGUCACGUACAGGUCACAGCCUUCCACACAACACAUCUUUGGCAUCUUGUCCCCUUUCAUCCUCUUCCACCAACUCGGCUGAGCAGAGGACAGUGAGUGCAGUGACUCACCUGGGCUCCCCUGCUCCCUCACAAGGACACCAUGCACGAGAGAGUCCGGCCGUGGCAGAAGAAAGCAGUGCAAAUAAGAGGGAGCAGGAUAUUGACGACCUUAGAGACUUAACCAAGUGCCCUCCUCAAACAGGAACAGGAAAACUAGAAUGGAAAGACAAGGGAGCUAAUAAUCAGUCACUGCGAGUUGAGAGGGUGAAGAGCUCUAGUCCAAAUAAGCGCAGUCCCAAUUGGGAUAGUAGCCGAUCUGGUCGGACUAGCAGUCCCGCUGAGCCUGUGAGACAAAGGGCCUCUCCUUCACCGGAGCCGGAUGAUGACGAAGGUCCACUAACACCUCUGAGGGACGAUUCUCCUGAUUCAUCCAUAGACUCUCCAGCAGAGCAGGACAGCAAACCUCUUAAAAAACGCAGGGGAAGGAAAACCCGUUGGAGCCGUGUUAUGGGCAAGGGGCAAGGUCAAAGAGUCGGUCUGGACAGUCACUUCGACCUGAGCAAAACCACCUUGCCUUUAUCGUCAAGCUUGGUAACCCUGUCACUACCAGUUAAGAGACCUGUGGGUAGGCCUCCAAACCCAAAUAAGGUCAGACCAAAUCCUGUGUCACAAAGUCAAGUGUCACUGCUCUUCCCACCCCAGCCUAAGAAAAGAGGAAGGCCAAAGUCUAUAAUGCCACGGCUUGACGCUCUGGCCCGUGGGUGCCUUCCCAACAAGCAGGCUCCCUCUAAGGUCUUUUCAUCUUUACUGAAGUCUAAAGAAGAGCAAGACCCCCCUGUUCUUCACCCGGAGGUGGACCUGAACCCCCCUAAACCUAUGCCUAGAAAACGUGGACGCCCUAAGCGCCUUCCUCCUACCUUACCCCAAGAAGGUCAACCUCCCACGUUGGAUCCAGAGGCAGGGGACAUGGGAGACAAACGGUUUCGCACCAAAGGAAAUGGGCAGCUUAUCAUGAAAACUAUUAUAGGCAAGAUCAAUAAGAUGAAAAGUAUGAAACGGAAGCGUAUUCUCAGUCAAAUAUUGUUGGGCCCAAGACCAGAAGACACCCCUAAAUGCCCCACCAAUGUGGUGGUUAGCUCUGUGGAGUCUGCAACCCAAUCAUUGUCGUCCCUGGCUGCUUCUUUUGGGGGGAAACUAGGGCCACAAAUUAAUGUCAGUAAAAAGGGCACUAUAUACAUGGGUAAGAGACGAGGCCGCAAACCAAAAUCUGCAACCAAUUCAACAGCUACAACACCACCUCAAGAACCUUUCCUAUCUCCAAACACCACUUCCCCUCUCCAUCACCAUCAAUUGCAGUCUCAUCAACAGCACCAGCUCUCCUCGUCAGAGGUCUUUCCCUCUCCCUCCCUCUCACAGUCUAGCGGAGGCCACAGCCCCAUCAGCGAUGCCAGCUUUGUCGAGCCAGGCUCGGUGCACUUUUCAGGUCACUCUCACUAUUCUAACCCCCAUCAUACCCACAACACGUUCUCUUUCCCUCCCCCAACCUUUUCCGCCCCUAAUCCUCGCAACCCUGGGUCGUCUAUGGCCACAGCAGCUUCCCAGAAAAAGUCCUCUUGCCGUGGUUACCAGCACCACCACCAUUACAGGCAGCACUACCAGUAUCAUAAGCUUUCACCUUCUAGGCCCCUCCAUCCCACCUCCCCUGCCCCUCUCAGUGAGCUAAAAGAAGCCACUCCGUCACCAGUCAGUGAGUCACACAGUGAGGAGACCGUGCCCAGUGACAGUGGCAUAGGAACAGACAAUAACAGCACCUCUGACCGUGGUGAGAAAGCUGGAGGCGUUGGUGGCUUGGGUGGAAUUGGGAUGCCGACUGGGACAGGCAGUGGAUUAUUAAUGCCUGGGGUCAUUGGUUCAGCUAUGGGUCCAGGGGUGGGCCUUAAUUCCAGAGGCAGGCGGCGUCACUCCGCUGUGCUCAUGGAACAUCCAUCACCCUCUCCAUCACCCCAAGGGGCAAGGUCGUCACCAGAUCCCAGGAGACCUCAUCCAGCAGCUCCAGCGUCCUCCAUAAUGGGACAUAAGGACAAACAUAAGCACAAGUGCAAACGCCGCACUCAUGGGUGCCCCGGCUAUGACAAGCUGAAGAGACAGAAAAGGAAACGCAAGAAGAAGUACUUGCAGCUGCGCUCCCGGCGGCAUGACCCAGACUUUCUUGCUGAGCUAGAAGAGAUUGUCGUGAGACUGAGUGAAAUACGGAUAGCACACCGUACCACUGGGCAUCGGCUCGGCAGUGGUGUCGGCAUAGCAGCAGGAACGAGUCGAGCUCCAGGGGUGGGAAGCAGAGCCAGUGGUGGCAUAGGAAGCACAGGUGGCCCUCCUCCACAUCAUUAUGUCCACAGGGAUCUUCUGCCUACAAUCUUCAGGGUAAACUUCGGCAGCUUCUACUCCCAUCCUGCGUAUUCCUGUGACCCGUUGCACUAUGUUCGGAAACCAGACAUGAAGAAGAAACGGGGGCGGCCUCCCAAACUGAGGGAGUCCAUGUCUGAGGUUCCCUUUUUACCUGGGCUUGGAUUUCCGCUCUCCAGUGGCGGCUUCUACCACCCCUCCUACAGCGUUCCCUACUCCUCUGGGCCCCUGGGUUUGGGGUAUUACAGAGGCUAUCCUCCAGCUAGCGCUCUGUAUCCCCACCCACACCACCAGCCACCCCACACAGCCCCAUCCCACCACUCUCACCACUCACCGUCCUUCCCUCCUCCUCCCCCCACAUCUUACAUGCAUCAUCACCACAAUUCUCAUCUCUUGCUGAACCCCUCUAAAUUUCACAAGAAAAAACACAAGCUUCUCAGGCAAGAGUACCUUGGAGGAGGAAGAUCGCCUGUCCUGUAUCCACCCAUGUCCUCUGAGCUAUCCUUCAACUGGCACCACAAACACAAACACAGACACAAACACCGAGAGCGCGGUGCCGAGGAGGACAGAGAGGAAGCGGCAAGAGGAGGUUCAGCAAACCGGGCAAGUACAGGCGUUUCUGAGAGUGGAACAUCAGGGAAAGGGGAGCGAGUUGGCGGUUUAGGAAUGGCAGAGUCUUUACAACGAUGCCGCUUUGGACGAGAUCCUGCCGGCACCAGUGCCAGCAAGCAAACCGCUUCCACUUCUGCCAACUCCCCUUCUUCUUCCUCAUCCUCAUCUGCAGAAAGGUACAAGCGCAAAGAGAGCUCCAUGUCCUGUCUAGGCCCCUCAAUGCUUGCACUGGGCAGCAGCUCGAAAGGCCACCAUCCAGUAGAGUCUUGGUUCAGGAUGGGCAGCUCCAAGGCAAGCUACUCAAAGCUUUCACGGAGUCAUGUGGCACCUGGACAGGGUCCCUUCACAGACGACCGGGCCGAAGACCUAGCAGGCUGCUCAGACAGCGAGGAUGAGGAGCCUCUCAGUCCCACGGAGGAUCUGGAGCCUGGAGCCCAUGAUUCUCCAAACCUUACAAAUCUGUUUGCCUCUGCUCUCACCCGCACCACGCUGAAAGGGGGCAGGAACAGAAAGACUGAGGUGGUCACAGAGACGUCCACCUUCUCCCGCAUUGACCGGCCGAUGAGGAAGGACCGCUCAACAUCAGCAGAAAGGAGAGAGUUAGGGUCAUCAUCAGGUAUCCAGACGAGAGGCGUUGCUCUCUCGCCCCCUGAAGGGCUCGAAGGAUCCAUGCAGCACCACCGGCAGCAGCAGCACCAUCACCAACCUUCACUAUUUCACUCCCACGGCUCUGCUUCCUCCUCCUGCCUCUCCCCCUCCCAGGACUGUGGCCUAGAUGCUUCCCUGCCCCACCACUCCCAUCGGGCUCAACCAUCCAAACACAGCCUGCACCACGUCAACAAAAUCCUGCGUGCCAAGAAGCUUCAGAGACAGGCGCGCACAGGAAACAACGUUGUGAAGAAGAGGGGCCCCGGGCGUCCCAGGAAACAUCCGUUACCCUCCCCGCCACCGUCCCCGCCACCGUCCCCGCCACCGUCCCCACCACCAGUGGUUGAGUUGAAUCAGACCCGGCACAGAGACAGGGGGACGGAACGGCCAGCAGGUGGACAAUGUUGCGAGGGGGACACUGUUACAGAUGCUAUUGAGGCGGUAGUCCAGGGUCAGCAUCGAAAAAGUCAGAAGAAGAAGCGCUGGGAUGGGGAUGAGGACGAGGAGGAAGAGGAGGAAAAGGAGGAAAAAGAGGACGGGGAGGUAGAAAUAACUGAGGAGCAAUUGCCAGACAGAGAGGAGAACCUGGGCAACCUAGUACCACGGUCCAGAGCCGAGACAGGAAGGAGCUGGCUUUCUCAGGACGAGCUCCAGCACUUUCGUGGCUCCAUGGAAAGCAAGCCAGAUGGCGACUGCUCCCCGGACCGCCCAGCCACCGUCUCCCAGGAACAAGCUCCGCCCCCCAUACCCAUACCUAGCCAACGCGAGAAGAGAGCGGCCAGACCUCCAAAGAAGAAGUUUCAGAAGGCGGGACUUUACUCUGAUGUGUACAAGACCGAAGACCCCCGGAGUCAGCUUCUGCAGCUAAAGAAAGAGAAGCUUGAAUACAUACCUGGGGAACAUGAGUUUGGAUUGUUUCCAGCUCCUAUCCAUGUUGGGAAGUACCUGAGACAGAAGCGCAUUGAUUUCCAGUUGCCUUACGACAUCUUAUGGCUGUGGAAACAUGAUCAGCUUUACAAGAGGCCGGAUGUCCCCCUUUAUAAAAAGAUCCGAUCAAAUGUCUACGUGGAUGUGAAGCCUCUCUCUGGUUAUGAAACCACGACAUGCAGCUGUAAGCCGUGUGAUGGCUCGACUGAGAAAGGCUGCCUGGAUGAAUGUCUGAACAGGAUGAGUUUUGCAGAGUGCUCUCCCAGCACCUGUCCAACUGGUGAUCUGUGUGACAACCAGCACAUCCAGAGGCACGACUGGGUCCAGUGUCUGGAGCGAUUCCGCGCUGAGGGCAAAGGCUGGGGCAUCCGCACCAAGGAGACACUAAGCUCUGGACAGUUCAUCAUCGAGUACCUGGGAGAGGUGGUCAGCGAACACGAGUUUAGGAGCCGUAUGAUGGAGCAGUACUUCACCCACAGUGGCCAAUACUGUCUGAACCUGGAUAGCGGCAUGGUGAUCGACAGCUACAGAAUGGGCAAUGAGGCUCGCUUCAUAAACCACAGCUGUGAACCCAACUGUGAAAUGCAGAAGUGGUCGGUGAAUGGGGUGUACAGAAUCGGUCUCUUCGCUCUCAAGGACAUCACCAGCAGCGUCGAGCUCACUUAUGACUACAACUUCCACUCCUUCAAUACAGAAGAACAGCAAGCGUGCAUGUGCGGCUCAGAGAGCUGCCGGGGCAUCAUCGGAGGGAAGAGCCAGCGGAUCAACGGCCUGCCUCCGAAGACCGGGGGCACUCGGCGGCUGGGUCGACUCAAGGAGAAGAGGAAGUCCAAACACCAGCUCAAGAAACGAGAGGAAGAGUCGAGUGACAGCAACAAGUUUUACCCUCAUCUCAUGAAGCCCAUGUCCAACAGAGAGAGGAACUUUGUGCUGAAGCACAGAGUGUUUCUCCUGAGGAACUGGGAGAAGAUGAGGGAGAAACAGGAGCUGCUGAAGAGAGAGGGCGAGCGAGAGAGGGACGGCGGUAGCUUGUCCCUGUACACGCGCUGGGGAGGAGUGAUCCGUGACGAUGGCAACAUCAAGUCAGACGUGUUCCUGACGCAGUUCUCGGCGCUGCAGACGUCGCGGUCGGUGCGCACGCGGAGACUCGCCGCCGCUGAGGAAAACACAGAAGUCACGCGCACCGCUCGCCUCGCACACAUCUUUAAGGAGAUUUCUGACAUGAUCACCAGCUAUAAGGAUUCAGCCGGCCAGACACUUGCUGCGCCGCUGGUGAACCUCCCAUCCAAGAAGAGGAACAGCCAGUACUAUGAGAAGGUGUCUGACCCUCUGGACCUGAGCACCAUCGAGAAGCAAAUCCUCACGGGCCACUACAAGACUGUCGAGGCGUUUGACACAGACAUGCUCAAAGUGUUCCGAAACGCUGAGAAAUAUUACGGCAGGAAGUCAUCGAUCGGCAGGGAUGUCUGCCGCCUGCGUAAAGCGUACUACAGCGCACGCCAUGAAGCUGCUGUCCAGAUCGAUGAGAUUGUGGGCGAGACAGCCAGCGAGGCCGACAGCUCUGAUUCGCUGGAGCGUGACCACGGCCACCAAGGAGGAGGCGGUCCGGGGCCGCACGACAAAGACGACGAUGUCAUCCGUUGCAUCUGUGGAAUGUACAAGGAUGAAGGCCUUAUGAUCCAGUGUGAAAAGUGCAUGGUGUGGCAGCAUUUUGACUGCAUGCGGCUGGAGACCGAAGUGGAGCAUUACCUGUGUGAGCUGUGUGAGCCUCGGCCUGUAGAAAGCGAGGUUCCCAUGAUACCUCAGCCUAGCUACGCCCAGGUUGGCUCUGUCUACUACAUCUGCCUCCUGCGAGAUGAGCUGCUCUUACAUCAAGGUGACUGUGUUUAUCUGAUGAGAGACAGCAGACGCACACCUGAGGGACAGCCUGUCAGACAGUCGUACCGUCUCCUGUCUCACGUCAACCCAGACAAACUCGACAUCUUCCGAAUUGAGAAACUCUGGAAGAAUGAAAAGGGAGAGAGAUUUGCCUUUGGCCACCACUACUUCCGUCCCCACGAGACUCAUCAUUCUCCAUCGCGGCGAUUUUACCAGAACGAGUUAUUCCGCAUGCCGCUUUACGAGAUCAUCCCCCUGGAGGCAGUGGUGGCAACCUGCUGUGUCCUCGAUCUCUACACCUACUGCAAAGGACGGCCAAAGAGCGUGAAAGAGCAGGACGUGUACAUCUGUGAUUACCGCUUGGACAAGUCUGCUCACCUGUUCUAUAAGAUCCAUCGUAACCGCUUCCCAGUCUGCACCAAGCCAUAUGCCUUCAACCACUUCCCCAAGCGGCUUGCACCAAAAAGAGACUUCUCGCCUCACUACGUUCCUGACAACUACAAGAGGAACGGAGGUCGUUCUGCCUGGAAGAGCGAACAACUCAAAGGAAGUGCCGGCGGCGAGGACGACGGCUCUUCCUGCGACCGGGGCGACGACUUCCCUCAGGAAGCUGAGGACGGGAGAGGAGAAGAGGACGACAUGGACACGAAUCCAGACGAACCUGAACUCCUCUCGGCUAAGCCUAGAAGACCGGAAGGGGAGGGAGAUGAGGAUGAAGACGAGAAGGAGGAAGAAGAGGAAGGGCGGGAGUCUGAGGAACGCAGGGAGCUGGAGGACAGCUCCGCAGAGAGGAUGGUAGAGAUGCUCGAACUCCCGUCGCCGUCUGCCUCCUCGCCGCUGCACCACCCGGUGCUGGGCAAGAGGGAGGCCCAGAGGGAACGGCUCAACAAAAUUCUGCUGGAUUUGCUGCACAGAACUCCCAACAAGAAUGGUGAGGGACCGGGAACGAAGCAGGGGGCCAUCGAUGUAUCUUAUCUCCUGGAGGAGGGGGCAGGCCGCCGGCUACGAAGACGGACGCUCGGAUUCGGUGAUUUCGCGUGCAGAAAAUAACUUUGCGACGUGCCUUUCCUGUUUGUGAGCGAGGGGCAGAACCCGGAGAGGCAGCGAGACGGGAAAAGCUGCAUUGUUGGCUGUCCGACCAUUAAGGCCCACGAUGCGUCCCCGGGGGCCACUUCCAGGUUACCUCUUCCAAGACUGGUCAUCUCAGCUCUGAGAGGGUGGAGGGGGUUUGGAAGCGCUGACUCCACGGCAAUUGCAGCUCUUCAGGAGUCCUAAAGCAGCGUGAAGAGAGCUGACCCAGACUUCUUGCUGCAAGUAGUACGAUGCAAAACCUGUUUUUCUUUCUUUUCUUUUCUUUUUAAAACGAACAUAGGAGAAAUAACCCGUGCACUUAAAUGCAUUUAAUAUUACAGACACGGCCGAUGAACUCCCCUAUCAAGCAUCAGAAACAAGUGGUACUGAAUAGGGAUGGAUAGGGGGGGGGGGGGGAGUGAAUGCUGGAGAUGAGUUCCCCCUAGUGGGAACGAGCUGCAAUGGCAGAACCUACCGGAUGAGAGAAGAUCAGCGCCGGGCCUCAUGGGGGGGGGGGGGGGGGGGCGUAGUGGAGCAGUGUGCUCAGAUGCUGCUCAUGAGAGGGAGACGACGAGGGGGGCGAACUGCACUUUUGGUACCAUGGAUAUUGUGACGCUCUGUGUAAUGUAUCUAUAAUGAAAACACACUCACACACUCACAGUGUUUGAUGAUGCAGUCUGAAAAAAUAAGAAAUAGAGACAGAGAAAAAAGCGAGUUAAAAAGUCUAUUAUCUUUUCCCUGUUAUACAGUAGUUAACUCAUUUAGGAGCCGAAGAAGCCGAGGGCUGCGUCUCGUCUUCUGAGCAGCGUGGGGGGGGGGGGGGGGGAGUGUGUGCGUUGGUCAAAGUGUCUUGUUGAGGUUUUCAUUUUAAUCUUUAAUUUUCUUGCGAGGCAGUCAGCUUCGCCCGUCUUAACAUGAUUCACCAGCUUAACUAAAUCCGGCGUGUCGGGGGAGACAGCGGCUUCAACUGUAACGCCUUACACAGCCGCGCUCUCCGACUGCCUUCUGUGUGUGUGUGUGUGUGCGCGUGUGUGCGUACACACUUAGCGUGUGUCUGCACUCUGCCAGAUUUCUUGAAGAUAAACCUUUUUAAACAAAAAAAUUUAGAAAAAAAAUUAAGGGCUCGAUGGCAAUUAACAGUUUAAAGAAAACUAUGGAAAACAAUACUUAACAUGAAAUGUAUCGUGAUGGUCAUAUUUUCUUAUAUUCUGUGAGACGGGUGGGGCGGCGGUGUAUAUUGGGGAAGGCGAGGGGGCGUAACACUUUUUCUUUCUUUCGCCGAUGUUCCUGGUUGCCAUGGAGAAUGACGUAAAAAGAAAUUGUGAUAUUUAAGGAGAUUUCUUUCUCCCCCCCCCCCAAAUGCCUCUGCUAAAAAGGGACAGCCUGCAAUGUCCCGGUGCGGUUUAACGAGAACGAGACGCUGACGGAGGGGGGGGGGGCGGGGGGGGAAGCUGUACAGUGCCAAGUUAUGUACAUAUACACACUUACAUUGAGGAGUGUCUCCAAAAGCAAUAUCUUGACAAAUGGAUUUUGUUUAUUGUAUUGUACAGGAAUCAGCCCUAAAUGUAUUACGGUUGUUAUAAUAUUAUAAUUCCUUCCGUUUGUAUUACUAUAAUGAAGACACUUAAGCUCGGAGGGAAAUGAUUUGUUUGAUGCCCAGAGAAGCUCACCACGACGGUCCGGACGACAUCAAAACUAUAAAUGAAAUUCAUCUAUGUACUGCAUGAGCAAGAGGAAUGUCGGAUGGACAUUGAAGGCAUCGGGACGAGACAGUGACUCCACAACGACACCGCCGUCACUGAAUAUUGUUAAUAAUAUAACUUUUUAAGGAUAAACGUACUCCUUGUUUUUUGCUGCAAAGUGUUGAACACUAAAAAAACAAACCAACAUAAAUAUGUUAUGAUAUUUUUGAACGUUGACGGAAAAACAAAAGUAAAGCUGUCGACCCGAUAUGUUGUUAUUUUUGUUUUUAUUUUCAAAUAGGAAAUGGUUCCGUUUUGUGAUGGCGGUCGUUGUCUGAUGCUUGUACUUGUGUUUGUGUGUUUCUGUGUGAUUUGUUUAGUUAUUUUUAGACAAUCACAAAAUAAGAUGCAAGCAUUGUAAAUGGCAGACUGGCGGACGUUUUGUGAUGUGUACAGUUUGUCAAAAAACUUCUUCCACUCGUUAAAAGUUUGUAAUUAUGAUUCUUAAAUCAUGAAAAAUGCUGUUGGUUUAUACUUUUUGUUUUAUAUUUGUUUUUUUGUUUUUGUUUUUUAAUAAAAAGCACUACAUUAUUGUGAAUACACUUUA